GGGCGGUGCUAUCAUGACAGCAUUUUGGUGGAGGGGCAGGCACCCAGGCCGAGGACCCUUCGGUACCGGCCCCCGGGCGGGCAGAGUGAAGAAGAGUCAGGAGUCGUUGGGCGAGCCUAGACUGGGAAAUCUGAAAGAAGCAGUACCGCUGUGCUGCACGACAUGACCCUGACGCACCCCUCUCACACACACACACACACACACACACACACACACACACAUGGUGUACAUCGUCCCGCGGACGCAGGCAGGCUUCCAGGCAGACAGACACAUGACUGGCGUAGCUGGCCUCGUUCUCCCGUGUCCAUCGGCUCUGUCGCCGUUGUUUUCGCAACUGGCGUUUCCGCCCGUCCACUCGGUUCCUGGUUUCCAAGUCGGUCGUGCGGUGGAUUCAGACCUCGUCUCGUACACCUCACUGGAGGGGAAAGGGAUGGGACGUCCCGAAUGUUCUGAAGGAUCGGUUGAAGUAUGUGCAAGGUAACAAAC